UUCCAAAAUUUGAAAUUCAACUACCUCCAUUAAAUAUAAUUGAAUAUUACCUGAAACAAUAAUUUUAACGGCCACAUUCACUAAUGGGCAGACCAACAUCGCCGACCCGAGAAACUCGAUCUCAAACACGAAGCUGUGCGUCCAUGGCGGACUACGGAAAUCAAACGCCGAAUCAGAUUAAAAAUCAGUAUGAUCAACUCAACAACCGCCGCUCCAUACCUAAGGAAUCAGCUCUUGAAGCCUUGAACACCAUAAUCCAUCUACAUUUCGAGAAAGCCCUAGAAAAGAAGCGCUCAAUCGAUCUCCAAAAGAAGGAGCUCCACAACCAAUUCCAGCUCUUCUUUAUCUUUUUAGCUCUCAUUUUCCUCACUCAAUCGCAAUCUCGGCUACAGUGCCGGCAUUGCUGGAUCCCGAUCGCUCUCCUAACCUUAGCGCAUUUGGCCUUCUACGUAUCCGUGGCUCACACACUGCGAUGCAUCAACGGAUUCAAGUACCAAAGGCGAUGCCACAAGCUGACUCUGGGAUUGGCGACGGAGAAGCUUAGGGAGAUGAAGAUGAGUAGCAGCGACGGAGACAUGGAGGAAGAGGAGUUGGAGAUUCCGCACCAGGAGCCUCCUGAGAUUUACUUUGGUAAGUUCAAGAGGAAUUGGGCGCUGUAUUUUGGGUUCUUGGUGUUCAUCUAUGGAUUUAUGGUGGCUUCCUCUGUUUCUCUUCUCUGUUUCUGAUGAUGAUUUGAUCUGAAUUCUGUUAUGAUACCUCCAAUCUAACUCAACCGAGGCUUCCAAAUCUCUUUGGAUGAUACUAAAUUUUAGGUAUGUAAUCGUCAUGACUUGAACCCAUUACCAAUAAACCCCCUUUAUUCUUUACA